AUGAAGCUCGUCAUCCUGGAGACGUACGCGCAGGCCAGCGAGUGGGCCGCCAAGUACAUCCGCAACCGCAUCGUCCGCUUCGGGCCCGGCCCCGGGCGCUUCUUCACGCUGGGGCUGCCCACAGGCAGCACGCCGCUGGGCUGCUACAGGAAGCUGGUGGAGUACUGCCGCAACGGGGACCUCUCCUUCAAGUACGUGAAAACCUUCAACAUGGACGAGUACGUGGGUCUCCCGAGGGAUCACCCGGAAAGUUACCAUUCCUUCAUGUGGAAUAACUUCUUUAAGCAUAUUGACAUCUCGGCAGAAAACGUUCACAUUUUGGAUGGAAAUGCACCUGAUCUACAGGCAGAGUGUGACGCCUUUGAGGAUAAAAUCAAAGCGGCUGGAGGAAUUGAACUCUUUGUUGGAGGUAUUGGCCCAGACGGUCACAUUGCCUUCAACGAGCCUGGGUCGAGUUUGGUAUCCAGGACGCGAGUGAAGACGUUGGCUAGGGACACUAUAUUGGCUAAUGCCAGGUUCUUUGAUGGUGACCUCUCCAAAGUCCCCACAAUGGCUUUGACGGUCGGAGUGGGCACUGUCAUGGAUGCCAGACAGGUGAUGAUUCUUAUCACAGGAGCCCACAAAGCCUUUGCUUUGUACAAAGCCAUUGAGGAAGGUGUCAACCACAUGUGGACAGUAUCUGCUUUCCAGCAACACCCCAACACUGUGUUUGUGUGCGAUGAGGAUGCCACGCUGGAACUCAAAGUGAAGACAGUGAAAUACUUUAAAGGUUUAAUGCUGGUUCACAACAAGCUUGUGGAACCCUUAUACAGCAUGAAGGAGACGGGAGCAGAAAGAAGCCAGUCUAAGAAGCCAUACAGCGAUUAAUCUCGCUGUUCAGAGUAGUGCUGAACCAGCUCUUCUCUUGGAAACCAGCUGUGAAGAAAGGGAAUUGCUGCAGAAACUCAUCUCAUACUUGUUCUUAAAUUAGCAAAAUGAUUAUGUGCUUGCUUCUCUCCAUUAAAAAGACAGAUGCCAAACACCUGCCUUAAUUAACCAAAUGAGGAUGGGAUUCAGUAUACUGCAUUCCACAAACUUCCACCACUAGCUUAUUCUCUGAAGGUAAAGUCAAUGGAGAAGGAGUUGUUUAGAAGCAACUGUAAUCAUGUGGACUGAAGGCCUCAAAACUUAACUGUGAAGAUAUGUGAAAGUAGAAUGUUGCAGAAACCAAAUGGGUAAUUGCUUUGGGAUUUAUUUCUUGCAAUUAGAACAAGUACCUUUUGUGUCACUCCCCCUCCACAAUACACUCUUAUAUUAUACUCCUUUAAAAUGGGAACUGAGCUUGUUCAGCCUGGAGAAGGAAAAGCUUCAGCAUGACCUAAUAGCAGCUUGCUUCACAGCUACGAGAAGGUCAUCAAGAUGAAGCCAGGCUCUCCUGGGCAGCGCACGGGGGGAAGAUGAGAUCAGACAGUGAGGCUUGAGUUGAGACAAGGUGCUCAGCUGGCUAUAAGGAAACAAACGACCCAUGAGGACAGUCAAGCAGUGGGGCAGGUUCCCCAGAG